GUCGCCCCGGUGGUGUCGGGAGGGCGGCGAUGGCGGCUGAGAGGUUGAUAUGGUUACCCGCAGUAUUUCAGGGCUUUGCACUGGCUUUAGUGGGGCUCGGAGUAUGGGACGUGUUGUUUGUGUACGAAGAGAACAGGUGCAGCAUGACCUACAUGUUCGAGUACCCAGAAUAUAUUAAGAUCAAGCUUCCAUAUAAAGUUGUCAAUAAGUAUCCUAGUUAUGGUCUGUAUCUUUAUGGAGAGGGAGGCUCUGCUGAAGCACACAAUCUAAAAGCCACAGGAAUCCCUGUUCUAUUUCUUCCUGGAAAUGCCGGAAGUUACAGGCAAGUUCGUUCCCUGGGCUCUGUUGCACUAAGAAAAGCUGAGAAUAUACAUAACAAAUUCCACUUCGAUUUUUUUAGCAUUGAUUUUAAUGAGGAGCUUGUUGCACUUUACGGUGGAAGCCUUGAAAAGCAAAGCAAGUUCGUACAUACAUGUAUAAAAGUAAUUCUUAAACUUUACAAG